CACUAAAGGGUUACACAUUGUUGGUCACACAACUGGAAACCAGUUCAGAUCCGUCCUGAAGAUGCGGGCCCUCCUGGUGCUGGCCCUCGCCCUGUCCGUCAGGGCGUCCGAAACGAACGGCAACGAGACGGCGGCGGUGGAAGAGCAGCCCGUCAUCGCCAGAGGUAAACUGCUGGCUCCCAGCGUGGUCGGAUGAGGCAUAAAGAAGAUGCCCGAGCUCCAUCAGUUUCUCAUGGAGCGAUGGGCUUUAUACCACAACUUGGAGUAUGACUCAACGGAGGAGAAAAACCCCCGUCUGAUAUUUUACAAUGAGAAGGACGAGGUUGUGAAGACCGUUCCCGUGAAGAAAAUGAAGGCAGACGAGAUCAGCAGCCUGCUGGACUCGCUCGGCUUCUACAGGAGGUCCCAGAAAGGGGAAGAGGUGCCAGAGGAGUUCCAGCAUUUCCCCCUUCGCGCCCCCAGGGACGAGCUCUGAUGACACCUCGUGGCCGACUCUCGCCACUGCACCGCCCGCUCCCGUUAAUGACGAGUGGGGCCCAAAGGCCAAACAAAGAGAGGCCCGGCACCACUCUGAGGAGUCGCUGGAGUCGGGGGGUGCAGCGUGCAGGGAGUCAGUCACUGCUGUGUCGUUUUGUUUAUUUUGCUUCUUUUAAAUAAAAGACACUAAAUA